UAUAUCGGUAUAUUUUCGUUAAAUUUUGCAGUUUAUCCUCCAAAAUAGAAGUUAACAUAUACUGUGAUAAAAUCAUGUGAAUGUUGAAAACAGUCAAGUUUUCACCAUGGUUACAUUAUCUUCAGCUUCCGAUCGUGAGAUUAGCAGAUUGUUGGAGGAAAACCGCCAGCUUUCACAGGAGCUGAAACAGAGUCAGGCUGACAAAGAUUUUGUAUGGUCUCUGUGGAAAAAACUUCAGGUGUCUAACCCAGAUGUAACACAGUCAGUGGGUCUUGUUGUACAGAGAGAACGAGAGAAGGCUGAAAUUCGGGACCGUAAAGUUCUUGAGAUACUUCAGAGGAAAGAUGAACGUAUCAGUGAGCUCCAAGCCAACCUGGCUUACAAGGCGAGGGAACUUGGAGAGUCAACUGUCAAACAAGCUGAUGUGAGUGAUGAGAUAGUACGGUUACAGAGGCUGGUAGAUACCUUACAGGACCGUAAUUCUACUCUAGAACUUCAGUUAAAAUCUAAAUCUCAGAAUGCGAAUAAAGCAAGGUCUCCUCAAAGAGGAGGUAAUUCACCUGUUAAGAGUGCCUCUUACAAACAAGACAACACUAGAACCACUAACCAAAACAAGUUGCGGAAUAUUGAGGGACGUGAAAAGAAUCUUGAGAAUGUGCACAGCGGUACAAUACAGGACUAUGAACGAGAGAAAAGAGAGAUGUCACAGAAAAUACAUAAACUUACGACAGAACUGGAGAAGUCACGGUCAGAGAAAGCAGAUGAGAUGGCUCAACGGGUGCAGAUGGAAAGUAAAGUUAGGGUGAUGGACAGAGAGGUGGAACAGAAGAUAGGAAAGUUUGAGGAACUAGUCAAAGAGUUGGAGGAGGCUCGAUCACUUUUGCGCCGGUUUGAAUCCCAGGCACGUCAACAACAGCAAGAUCUGGAAUACAAGAACCAUGAGCUUGAGACUGUGCGCAAGGAGCUGGCAGAACUCUGGUCUACACAUAACCAGUUAACAGAACACUCGAGUCAGCAGGCAGACCUUAUCCGACAGAUACAGUCGCUGCAAACAGACACACAAAAAAUGAUGAAGAAUCAAGAAGAAGCAUAUUCUCUAGAGAGCAAUUCCAUACAGCAGAUGUACACAGAACUCACAUCUAGAUACGACACAGCAAAGAAAGCUGAAUCGGAACUGAGGUCAACUGUACUUGCUCUGAAAAAGGAAUUACUAGACAAAGAUGAUAUCAUAGCAGAUCUGCAGUAUAGACUGGACAAACAGAGGAAGCGUGCACAGGACCACAGUGGAAGCUUCCUUGAUCCGGAAAAGGUUGAACCAGUGUUGGAUCUAGAAUUCAAGGUGAAGUCAAUGCAGAAAGAGAUUGAUAACCUGCGGAGACAACUUGUGGAGAAAGAGGGACAUAUAGAACAACUUGAGGAAGAUGCUAUUAACCAGACAAUUGAGUUUGAUGUUGCACGUCUGAACAGACAUGAGAGGACACAUUCCACGCCAUCCAGACAAUUCCGCAGUAUUGGUCUCAGUCCAUUGAAAGCUCAAGAUGAGAAACCAGAAAGGUCAAAUAAAGGUCACAGGUCAAGGUCAAUGUCACCGACAAGACAACAACAACCUAGACAAAGAUUACAUAUACAGAAAGACUUAGAAGAUUGUAGAGCCAUCUUAAAAUUGAAGCUUCGCGAAUUAGCAGAAUUAAAGAAAGCCCAUCAAAAGAGGCUGGAGCGGCUUAAAAACGUGCAGGAAAAUUACAAAAAUGUGAAAGAACAACUGAAAACACUAGAGGCAGAAUAUUAUGGGUCUAAAAAGAAACCAAAGAAAGUGAAGCGUGCUGAUCCAAAAGAGCUACGACAUGAAGACAGUGGGGCAGUAUGGAAUGAAUUGGCUUACUUUAAGAACGAAAAUAGAAAUCUUGUUGUAGAAAGGAUGGCAUUAGAGGAAGAGUUAGACAGUCUACGUGUGAAGGCGAGUGAAGAUGCAGCAACUGUUCAUGAACUCAAGGUUACCAUAGAACAAGAGAGAGAAGAGAGAAUUUAUGAAAAGAAGAAGACUGAGAGAAAUCUAGAGGGUGUGGCCACACAGAAGUCAGAGAUAGUUCUUCUCAAGUCAGAGGUGCAGAAUAAAGAUGUUAUUGUAGCACGUUUAGAGAGAGAUAUAAAUGAUCUCCGCGGUGAUAGAGAUGCUGCUGUUGAGGAAAAAAGGUUAUUAAAGCAAGAAAUAAUGGAAUUGAAACAGGAAGCAUCACAGCACAGAAUGGACCAAGCUGAUCUCAGACGGGAUAUACAAAGGUUAAAGAGAGAGUUGGAGGAGGAGAGAGCUAUAAAUAGACUGAAAACCAACAAGGCUACACAGCAGAAAACUGUUAUCAUAAAACCAUCGGCAAAACCUCGCAGAAAAGCUCACAAAUCUAAAAAUAAUAACUUUAAUGUUAGUGCUAGUAAAAAGUUUGAAGAGUUGAUUGAAGAAGGCUGGGAAGAGAUGUCUGGGGACUCCGACAUUGAAGAGGAGACUGAGACAGACACACUAGGGAGAAAGAUUGUUCAGGGUGCACAGCAUGGUCAGGGUGACAGCACAACCCCAGACUCAAGCAUGGAACCUCCUGGCUACAGAAUGAGACGUAGUGUCCCUAUGAAGCAGACGCUUCGAGCGAAGCAUGCUGCAACAAAGCAUGUAGAGAGAUUCCAGGAGUUGCCUCCCCCUGCUCGACACACAGAAGCACGUGCCCAGAAAGCUCAUGCUGCUAUGUACAGAGAUAUAGCUACCUCACCUAUAGCACCAACACCAAUAAGAGAGUCACCAGGUCAGAGGAAAUCCCCAGCAUAUAAAGCUGUGGUUCGACAGUUACAACCCAUGAAACAAAGAGUCGGUUAUCUUCAACAACAGGUGAUUACAUUACGUGAGUCCAGAGCUGCAGCUUUGAAGCAGGUAGAUGAGCUGAAGGAGUCAAACACACAACUGCAGGCUGACCUUAACCUUGCCAACCAAAGACAAAGGGUUUCCAAACAGAGUAUACAGAAAUUGAACAAUGACCUUGACAAACUUCAUCAGGAAAAGAAGGAAAUCGAGGUGAAAGUUACCCAGAAAAUGGACACCAUGGAGACAGCACACUCUGAACAUGACUGGAAAAUACUGGACUCCAGGCUGAAGAGUUGCAGCAAUGAGUUAUCAAGACAGAACACCGUCGUACGACAGCUGAAACAGGAAAAUGAGCAACUCACUGAUCAAGUUAAAACACUUCAGGACAAAGUAAACAGAGCGGAAAGGGACAGUAGCCAGAAGAGAACAUUGUUAGAAGAUCAGAGGUCAAGGGUCAAGCAGGCACUGGAAAGUGCUAAAGCUGAUGCAGAAUCUCUAGAACAACUUGAAACUAGAAUGAAAUUGCUUCAGGACACAAAUGAGAAACAAAAAAUACAGAUUGACUCCUACAAGAAGAGGCUUGGAGCUGUUACCAGGGAGAAGAGAGAGUAUGAGGAAAGAUUCCUGAAACUUACAGCAGAACUUGACAAAAAGAACAAGGUAUUAGUAGACAGCCAGAUGAAGAAACAGGAGCUGGAGACGUCACUGUCAGACAUGGAGAAACUAGCCACACAACAGAUGAAAAGCCUGGCAAGAGAAAGCGAAGAGGCGCUAGAAACUGCCAAGGAUAAACUCCGAGAGAUACAUGAAAUAUUGCAGGCAUACCAGAGAUUUGUACGGAACCUGGCCCAGGAGAUAGUGCGGCGCACUCAGCAGACGCGACUCACAGUGAAGGAGCAGGAUCAGAGGAAGUCAGGUACAGAUAAAUCAAACGCUUCCAUGCAGCGCGCCCAGAACCUUGCCAAGGAUAUAUUGAACCUCAGUCAGUCUGACCUCGACGAAAUUAUGAGUGCUGACGGAGAACACACUAAAAUGGAAUCUGAGCUUGAAGCAGAGAAGAGAAAGGACAGGAAGUGGACCAAGAGAGUAGAGAGGACGCAAAAUAGCAAGGAUGACUUUGCUAUGGCAUUAAUGGACUUGUUCCUACAGAAGAUGGAGGAGAGGGUGGAGCUUACUACCAGACUGCAAGCUAAACACAGCCAAACAGAGCCGAGUUUACAAGUCAGCUGACCAAUAGCAUAAUCUGUGACACAUUUGAAAGAAAAAUGAUAUUAUUCCAUAUGUGCAUUCCUUCUUUUUUGUCAUUUUGUCUCAUAAGCAGAUGUCCGUCCAUGUUAUAUUUAUUUAUUGUAUUUUCAAAGAGAAUUUUUGUUUGGGGUAUGUUGAUUGAUUAGUUAUAAUUAUGACAGAUCUUUCACAGUAUUUAAUCAGGGAUGUAUUUAGAAUGGACAGCUUUGAAACUGAACUAUCUGAGAGAGAAUCUUGAUCCACGCAUUUAAGUUAAUUCAAAGGAUCGCGGAUAUAAAAGUAUUUGAUUUUCUGUCUGAAAAUAUUCUUCAAAAUGACAAACUGGCAAAGGUGUUUAAUAAAUCAGUUUAUAUUCAGUGUUCAUAAGCAUUAAAUGAAUCUUUGCCUCGAGUCAGACCCAUGUUAUUGCAAAAAUUUAUAAUUUACACAAAAUGUCUGUGAUAUAUAUUUGUACACUAGAUGUAUGAUUAUAUUUAUGUUUAGUGUAGAUAUAUUCGUGUUAAAAAGGUUUCUGCCUUGUUAGGGAAAAUGUAUACAGAUUUGCAUUGGUUCAGUCUUACGCAUAGCCAUGUAAAAUUAUCACAUUAAAGGGACCAUAAUAAUGAUCUAUCAUUGAAGGGCCAAUAUAAUUAGCUUUCAUUGUAGGGGCCAAUAUAAUGACCUAUCUUUGUAGGGGCCAAUAUUAUCAGUGCCGUAGCCAGACACAAAUUUUAACCGAGGCAAUCUAGGGGAUCCGGGGGCAUAUCCUCCUCCUGGAAUAUUUGUCCACAGGAAGGCUCUGGUGUGUUCUGGAGCCCUCUCAGACUGUGUUAUAUAACAGUAAAAAUCGUCCUUUUAGCCCUGUUUAUCACAAUUCUACUUACAUAUUUUAAGAAAAAAUUAUAUUGGUAACAAGGAUAUUUGGGGAAUUAUAUGGUCGGAUUCAAUCAUUUUUGUAACUAAAAGGCAAUAAAAUCAGAAAACCACCAAUAAAGACAUACAAGAACAUGCUAUAUUCAUCUUAUUAGUUUAUAUAGGCCGAGAUGGGGUAGGUACGGGAGGGAGCUCUAUCCGUGUUGUGGGGGACGUGGAGGGGAUCUCCCCAUAGAAUUUUUUGAAAUAUAGGUAGGAAAUGGUGGCCUCUGGUGCCUUUUUCGGUCUAAUUUUAAGGCAUGGUGGGGAUUUCCCCCUCAUUUUAGUGGGGCCAGUGAGCUUUCAUCCUGGAUAAUUUUGAAAUACAGAUUCGAAAUGGUGGCCUAUGGUGCAUUUUUUGUCUUGAUUAUGAGGUACUGUAAAGGAUCCAUUUUAGAGGCCUCUCCCGCUGAAUAGAAUUGAAAUACGGGUAUGGUCUAAAUUUUUAGGUAUGGGAGGGUGUUCCCCCAUCAUUGUAUUGGGGUCAGGGGGCUCUCUUCCUGGAAAAUUUUGAAAUACAGAUACGAAAUGGUGGCCUAGGGUGCAUUGUUCGGUAGUGGAUGGGAAACCCUCUCGUGAUAGUGGGGUUAAUGGGCUCUCUCACUGGAAAAAAAAUGAAAUACAGAUAUAAAGUGGUGGCCUCUUGUGCAUUUUAUGGUCUUAAGUUUGAGGUAUGGGGGUACCCUCAUUUUAGUGGGGUCGGGACUCCUCCCCU